AUUGAUUGAUCUCCCCGAGCCGGAUCAAAACAAGUGCGUUUUGUUUAUUUUCGUUCAGGAUCCGUUUCAAGGAAGAUUGAGAUCCGGUUAUCUGGUGAUCUGAAAGCCAAAGACGCCAUGCUCAACCUAAACGUGGGCAUCCUGGGCCACGUCGAUUCCGGCAAGACGACGCUGGCGAAAGCGCUGAGCGCAAUAGCCAGCACGGCCGCCUUCGACAAGAACCCCCAGUCCCAGCAACGUGGCAUAACGCUGGAUCUCGGUUUCAGCGCGCUCCAGGUGGACCUUCCUUCGCGCCUUCAAUCGGGAAGCGACGAAAAGCUGCAGUUUACGUUCGUGGACUGCCCCGGGCAUUCCAGCUUGAUUAGGACGAUUAUUGGGGGAGCGCAGAUCAUCGACAUGAUGGUGCUGGUGGUGGAUAUUGGGAAGGGCAUUCAAACGCAAACGGCUGAAUGUUUGGUGAUUGGAGAGCUGACCUGCCGGAGGAUGGUUGUGGCGCUGAACAAGGUGGACACGGUUGAGGAGGGGAAACGGGGGAAGAUCGUUGAGAAGAUGAAGAGAGGCGUUGGGGCGGCGUUGGAGAAGACCGUUUUUGCUGGGUCGCCGAUCGUGGAGAUUUCGGCGGGGAGUGGUUUGAAUUUGGAUCGGUUUUUGGAUGUCUUGACAGGGUUGGCGUUUGUUCCGGAGCGGAAUUUUGAAUUGCCCUUUCUGUUUGCGGUUGAUCAUUGCUUUGGGAUUCGAGGGCAAGGAACUGUCUGCACUGGGACUGUGCUGCAGGGGCAGAUACGGUUGAACGAGGAUGUGGAGAUACCUAGUUUGAAGGUUGUCAAGAAGGUCAAAUCGAUGCAGAUGUUCAAGCAAAGCCAGCAGAUCGCUCGCCAGGGUGAUCGCGUGGGGAUCUGCAUAACCCAGUUCGAUCCAAAGCUGCUGGAACGAGGCUUGUUGUGCCGACCUGGUUACGUGAUGAAUGUGUACGCGGCAGCGUUCCGUUUGAACCGCAUCAAGUACUUUAAGGGACCACUGAAGGACAAGGCCAAGUUUCACAUCACCUGUGGCCACGAGACCGUAAUGGGCAAAAUAACGCUGCUCAAAGGACAAACGUCACAGCAUGAGCUCGUCGAGCAACUUGAUGAUAAUCAACCGGAAGACUCGAACGCGUUCAUCAUCAUCUUGAUCGAAUUCGAGCGACCGAUUCAAGCGGCCCCUAACGCGCUGGUCAUCGGUUCCCGGCUGGACACCGACAUCCACUCGAACACCUGCCGGUUGGCUUUCUAUGGCCAUCUCGCGCAUUGCUGCACCAACGAAAAGGAGUUCCACGCCGAAUUUCUGCCAAAGCUAAACAUCUACAAGGAGAAACGGAAGGUCGGAGUGGUUCAGAGGGUCGUCAGCGACGAGGAGGUUAUUGUUAGCGGGUUGUUCAAAAAAGAAGGCAAUAAUAGGCAAGCAUUUGUGGGUCUCGCAGCGACGCUUGACACCGGGGAGGGUGGCUUAAUUGGCGAUACGUUUGGUGCCGGGUCGAAGGUGCGGUUAAGAUUAACGGACCGGCUGCGGGAGGAGACGAUGAGUAGGUUGAAGCAGAAGGGCGAACAGGUGACGGUUGAGGUGAAAUACAAAAAGUUUAUGUUCCAGAAAGAUGGUGGCAAUAAAAUUGUUCAGUAGAAGUGUAAA